AUGUCCGGUGCUUCAGUCGCCACUUGCAGCCCAACUCCAAACGCUGCUUUUUCGACAGCUCCACUAGCACCAGCACAAAAGGCCGUGGACGAAGCUCGCCAGCAACAAAGACGUGCUCGUCGACUGGCAGACAAGAAAGCCAAAACGGCCGAAAAAGUCGCGCACAAGCUGAUCAAGGCAAAUCGUUCACCCGAACAGAUUCAACUGGACAAGGCCGCGAAAAAGGUUGAGAGAAAGGCCAAGAGGAUUUUAAAGUUCGGUGCGAAUACGGGUUGUAUGGAAGAUUGUGGUGGUGGCAGUGCUGGCGGUGACUGUGGAGGUGGUGACCACGGAGGUGAUCACGGAGGUGGUGACUGCGGGAGCGGCGAUUUCAGCCAAGCCAUAGGCAAAAAGCAAACGUCUCCCACGACACACGCAAAGCCCGCAGGCAGAAGUGGUAGCACCGCCGAAAGAAGAAGGCACGCCGGUUCAUGCGCAAGAUUCAACAUAAACUUUUGCUCUAAAGUCCUCAAAUGCCAUCGCGAUCGCCCAGUGGUGCCCAGGAUCGGCGAGAAGAAGACUUCAGUCGCUGGCCCGGCGUGUCCGUCAACUCGGGCACAUUCGUAUCGGCCGCAGACCGCCCCAGAGACCCAGAGACUUGGGAAAGGUAUCGGGACCGACUUGGAAGGUGGAGAGAGCAUGCCAGGGCGAAGAGACGGCAGUCACGGGAUCCUCCUCCAGCCCUCACAUCGCCCAGUGCUCAGCCUCAUGGCCUACACCGGUACCGGUACUUUCGGUCGUGGUGCAGAUCGAAAUGCGCAAGGCCACCCUCCUUACCAUGCAAGAUUCGAUUGCCAUGUGCAGGUGUACGCACCGACAGUGAUCUACGUGAACGAGGCUGAGCGGUCUCCCAAGACGUCGCGAGCCGCGAGAGAGACCGAGUCAGACGCCUCGUUGACCUUGGACGUAUCAGAUACACAUCAUGCCCAGAUCGAGCCAAUAUCUGACGGGAAGAGAGCAACGACGCUCGUAUGGCUUAUUGGCCGGCUUCAGAGGAUACUCCGAAGAGUCUCCCUCCAAUACCCCCUAUGA